AUGGCCAAGACCAUCGACAGCCAUACUGGCCAGGUCUACACCGAGUCAACCAUCAUCCCCUCUUUGUCCUCGUCCAAAGGGCCAUCCUGGGUACACGAGUCCCCGUUCUUGCCUCGAGGCUGGGAGGAGACCAGCCAGGCCGGGGCCCCCUCUCUGCAGCACUCUGCAAUGAUACAGCUCCUGUCGGAUCAGAGAAACCUACAACCUGCCCUGUUUGUCGACGUACCAUGGCGCAUCGCCAGCUAUCUUUGGGAUUGCCUUGGCAGGAGCAGGAAGAGAACGCUACACAGCUGGAAGCUCUUUGCAACAGCGUACCCCGAGCAAUUCCGAACCGUCAGCUCCUACCGCUCGGUGAAGAUCGAAGGCCCGAGGAUGUCCAUGCAAGAAUAUCUGGGACUGGUGAGAAGCGAUUCGCUGAGUUGGCGAGCAGUGUUAACGUUGGCCUCAUCAUUCGCCAGGGUCCCUGAACUCGUAGAGAUUGCCAGCAUCCGGAACCUGGUGGCACUGGAAAUUGCCACACCACCGCAUACGGCCCCUGUUCUAGACGAGACUCAGCCGCCGCUGGCCGCGCUCAGUGAUCGCAUCGUCCGGACGUGGAGUGAGCUGGCGCAGGAUGCGGGGGCGUUUGCGCAUCUCCGGGUGCUGGUCUUGUCCCAUCAGACGGACCUGUCGCGGCUAGCACUCCGGUACCUGCGAGGGUUUCCGUCAUUGCAGAUGGUUGUGGCUGAGGACUGCCCAGGGCUCGUCUCUGCGAGUGCAAGAAAUGCCGACGUUGAAGGUUGGGAGGUGGUUCUCGAACCAGAACGGGCCGAGACCCUCUACGAGUAUUACCAAUCGAUCGUCAGGGAUGAGGCGACAGAAUCGCCUGUUCUAGCCGACACCCCUGUUCUCGAUUUUCAGGUCGGACAAAAAACCGGCCGGGCACUAGGCAAAAGGCUAAAGAAGCCGCGACUGGUCUGCUUACGCCGCGCGAAAGCUUACGAGCGAGAACCGGCCCCGAAGAGGCCGAGAGUAGCAGCCAGCGCACAUCCCAAGCGAGCCGUGAUGAAGCAACGCAGUGCCAAAGAUCUGGGGGGGUUCUUGCAGGAGUUUUUGUGA